AUGGCAGACCAACCGAAUCUUAUCUUCCACGAUGUCAAGUUCUUCAUCCAAAAGGAUCUCCCAGAAGACGUGCAAGCACACCUCACUGAAACAAUACAAUCUUUGGGCGGUCGCGUCGAAAGCAAGGUCCCUCUGCAUGGAUUUCUGCUCGUUCAACCUGGCAGCCCAGAGGGCGGACGUCUCUAUGCAUGCUGGAAGAGCGCAGACCGCCCUGAACGCUACUUUGUGCCCUACACUUACGUCGACGCGUGCAAGGUCGCCAACGUGCGGCUGAAGCAAAUAUUCAUCGAGAAUGGUGAAGCCAUUCAGAUGCACAUACACGCCAGUAUUGCCAACUUGAAUGUGCGGAGCGCGCUAAGCCAACGUAUCAUGCAUUCCGGAGGAGAGCCAAAUGCAACUGCAGAGGCGGCACGGGUCAUAUUAGCCGACCCAGACACUGAGGUCUUCCAACAUCUUGUCAAGACAUACCAGGGCAUGCCCGACAAGUACAUCGAGUCUUAUCUCUGGGUCAAAAAAUGUGUUGAACGCGAAGCCGUGAUAUACACGCCUCUGGUGUACAAGAAUCCCGGUGGCAGGCGGCCAGGCGAAGAGUAUGCUUUCCUUCCGUUUCAACAUGCAGGGAUGCUCAUCCUGGACAGGCGAACUCAAUUUACGGAAGAAGACGAGGAGAACCUUGCCAAAUGGAUAGCAGCCAAAAUCCCAUUCAAAGAGAUCGGGGGAAGAACAGGGAAUAGGCUCUAUCAGCAACUCUGCGAAAUGAGCCACGAGCCGGACUACAUGUGGGUGACAAGGCAUACCUGGCAGUCGUGGCGAGAGCGGUACAAGAAGAAUUCCGCGCGACUCGAUACUUUAAUCGCAGCCAUCGUUGCGCAGACGAAACCGACUCAAGGAGAGAAAGGGCAGUACGGAUAUGUUCGUCAGGCCGAAGAAAAACCGAAAAAACCUCGCAAAAAAAGAGUCAAGAAUCAGGAGCCGCCGCCGAUUCAGCCAGACGAGGCGUUCCUCCUUGCCAAUGGCGACCCAGGCCUCUUUCAGCCUCCAAUUGCACCUCUUCCUGAUCUCAAUAUGGCUGUCGGCCUCGCUGGACACAUGCAUAUCCCGGGGUUGAUGUACGAUGUCGCACCCGUAGGCCCGGCACCUCUUCCUGCGGCACGGACCGAGGAAGAGAUGGAAGACGAUGAAGUCGAGUGGGCUGUUCGUGUUGGCCAUUCUCCUCCACCUGCAUGGGCUGCCAAGCGCAGAUCAUCCCAAGAAGCUCACGAUCCAAACGCAGCUAAACGACAGAAAAUGGGGGAGGCACAGCUGAUGGGAAGAGACAUGCAUGUCGUGGACCAGGCCAUUCACGACAUCGCAGCUGAAUACGCUUUUACCAUCCACGAAGUACAAGUCUACUACGAUCGUUGCGGGGAGAUGGAACGAACCCGCAACAGAUUCAAGGGCAUGCGAGAGCUGCUGACAGACCGUUUUCCCAUGGAUGCGUAG